CAAAUGCCGACUGGUUCGCUAAAACCGCAAAGGCAGUCGCUGCUUCUUUAUUAGAGCUUGUGCCCGUCCAACCAUUUCACUGACCAGUGGAAAUGAAGAACAAGGAUGAGAGAGGAAUGCUCUUUAAAGAAUAGGAACUAGGCCGUGAUUUCAGUCCUUCCCACCUAUAGUGAGCAGGCUUGCCUCCUGGCCUCUCCUCCAGAUAGGGCCUGUGUGGGAAGAUGGCGACGGACAAACAGAAACAUGAAGGCAGAGUGAAGAUCGGACAUUACAUUCUUGGCGAUACGCUUGGAGUUGGAACAUUUGGAAAAGUUAAAGUGGGUCAGCAUGAACUGACCAAGCAUCAGGUUGCGGUGAAGAUUCUGAACCGGCAGAAGAUUCGCAGUCUGGAUGUCGUGGGGAAGAUCCGUCGGGAGAUCCAGAACCUCAAACUCUUUCGCCAUCCUCAUAUCAUAAAGCUGUACCAGGUCAUCAGCACACCCACAGAUAUCUUCAUGGUGAUGGAGUAUGUGUCAGGUGGAGAGCUCUUCGACUAUAUCUGCAAAAAUGGAAAGCUGGACGAGAAGGAGAGCAGACGUCUUUUCCAGCAGAUCAUCUCUGCGGUGGAUUACUGCCACAGACACAUGGUGGUGCACAGAGACCUGAAGCCUGAGAACGUGCUGCUGGAUGCACACAUGAACGCCAAGAUCGCCGACUUCGGUUUGUCAAAUAUGAUGUCAGAUGGAGAGUUCCUGCGAACGAGCUGCGGUUCCCCAAACUAUGCUGCGCCAGAGGUCAUAUCUGGAAGGUUAUAUGCAGGUCCAGAGGUGGAUAUCUGGAGCAGUGGGGUGAUUCUGUAUGCUCUACUCUGUGGGACGCUGCCUUUCGAUGAUGACCAUGUGCCAACACUCUUUAAGAAGAUCUGUGAUGGGAUUUUCUUCACCCCUCAGUACCUGAACGCCUCUGUGAUCAGUCUCCUCAAACACAUGCUGCAGGUGGACCCCAUGAAAAGAGCCACCAUCAAAGAGAUCCGAGAGGAUGAGUGGUUUAAGCAGGAUCUGCCAAAGUACCUCUUUCCCGAAGACGCCUCCUAUAGCAGCACCAUGAUUGAUGAGGAGGCACUGAAGGAGGUGUGUGAGAAGUUUGAGUGCACUGAGGAGGAGGUGCUGAAUUGUCUGUACAGUCGUAAUCAUCAGGAUCCGCUGGCUGUUGCAUAUCAUUUAAUCAUAGAUAACCGGCGCAUCAUGAGCGAGGCCAAAGACUUCUAUCUGGCCUCCAGCCCACCAGACUCUUUCCUCGAUGACUUACCUGCCCACCAUACGACCAAACCCCACCCAGAGCGCGUGCCCUUCCUGGUGGCAGAAGCGCAGCCACGCCCCCGCCACACUCUGGAUGAGCUGAACCCGCAGAAGUCCAAACACCUGGGUGUGAGGCGGGCCAAGUGGCACCUGGGCAUCCGAAGCCAAAGCCGCCCCAAUGACAUAAUGAGUGAGGUGUGCAGAGCCAUGAAACAGCUGGACUAUGAGUGGAAAGUAGUGAACCCGUACUACCUGCGGGUGAGAAGGAAGAACCCCAUCACUGGCAUGCAGACUAAGAUGAGUCUCCAGCUGUACCAGGUAGACAGCAGAACCUAUCUACUGGACUUCAGGAGUAUAGACGACGACGUGUUUGAGGCAAAAUCGGGGACAGCAACCCCUCAUCGCUCUGGCUCGGUGGGAAACUAUAGGACUGCACUGAAAAACGACAGAAACGAGACCGAUGAGGGGAAGGGGGACAUGGGUGCCCCAUCCACACCCCCUGUGGUGGGCUCUGUAACCUCUUCCCUGACCUCCUCUGUGGACUCCACAGGGGGUGAGACAUUCCCCCGUCCUGGCAGUCAUACCAUCGAGUUUUUCGAGAUGUGUGCCAAUCUCAUCAAGCUACUGGCACGAUAACUUAAAUCUCAUCUCUCCCUCACUUCUCUCCCUCUGCCCCGCUCUUCCACUCUUUGUUUCUCUCUUUCUCUGUCUGUCUUUCUUUUUUUUUUUUUUGGACUUAUUAUAGCAAUAAGCAUGCAUGCAGAUAUACAGUACUCACUGCCCUCACAGACACAAGCUUAGCGACCCAGUGCUGCCAAUGGCCUAAUUUAAGCAGCACAGACACAGGUAUGAGUCACAGUGAGUGUCUGUACUGUAUUCAAAAGCAUAGCUGUCCUGGUAGAGGCAUAGAAGAGUUCAGAAUUAGGCAAGGUUUGUUUAAAGUAGAGGAGAAGAGGAGGUGCUCAGAAUGAGGUGAGGUUUGUUUAGAGUAGAGGUGUAGUCUGCGUUAAUGAGGACAGGAGGCACUUUUAGCACAGCUUGUCAAUUUCCUGCUGUUCUGACUGUUGCAGCAGGUCAGCGUAGAAGGGCCAUCCGUUUGACUUAAAACGCAGUUAACGGAAGCGGCCAAAAUAAGGUUUGGGACCAUGUCAGAGGGACCCAGUCUGACUGAGGAGGGGCAGUCACACUGCACCUCUGGUUUUGUUGCUGAAAAGGUACAGCGUUCUGUCACUUUCAUCGAUCCUUUCUCAUUGUUUUAUAUGAAAACCCUGAUAGAUUGUUUCAUUUGCUGAUUUUUUCACUUGUGAGUUGAAGUGCAUUUGUAAAGUGUGUGUAUAUAUAAGUGUGUGUGUG